AUGUUAGCUGCUCGACCACCAAGGGAAAAAGAGGAGCACCGUCGGCACCAUCGGCGGGAAAAAAGAAAGACUCCGGAGCGGCAUACUGAUGUUCCUCCCCCUAUUGUCCCGCAGGUCGCAGCCGAAGACAAUUCGAAGCUCGGGAAGGCAAAGGCUUCCCCCUUUGUGGAUGCUAUUCAACAAGAGCGGCCGCCAGACAGAUUCGUCAUGCCGAAGCUGAAGCGUUAUGAGGCAAAAGAAGACGCAGUCGCAUUCGUUUGUCGUUUCAGGCAAACCAUGAGCCUCCAUAACUUUUCUGACGCCCUUAUGUGUAAAAUCUUCCCGCUCACUCUCAGUGAACCGAUCAUGUUAUGGUAUAAUCAGUUGAAGCCCAAAUCCAUUUCUUGCUUCAAUGAGCUAGAAUUGGAGUUUAGCAAACGCUUCGUUACCAGCAACAUUCAACCGAAGACAUUAUCGAUGCUGGUGAACAUGCGAAGAGCGGCGGGAGAAAUGCUGCGACUGUAUACCGAGCGUUACUGGGAAGACUAUAACCUUAUUCCCGACUGUGAUCAAGGAGUAGCAGCCGAGUCUUUCAUGAAUGGGUUGGAUCCAACCUCGGCAAUGUUUCGUGACCUCUCACGAAAUCCACCUAAGACGAUGGGAGAGCUCAUGACAAUAAUCGAGAAGGAUUGCGUUCACGAAGAAGCAAUGGCCGAGCGACACACGUCAAAGGCUGAACCUACCAAGACGAUAAGGCCAAAGAAGCAGGUAUUGAACGUUCGCCAAGGGCAAGGAAGCCAGGGUAGCUCGGGCCAGGCAUCGAAUAAGUCGAACAACAAGGGCCGACCCCCGCAGCACCCUCAGCCACAAUCCUGGACACAAACGAAAAGAGAACCCCGACCGGACGAGAAUGUCGCCGAGCGUACGGUAUUCACUGAACCUAUCUAUAAACUUCUUAACAUCAUCGGCAAAUUGCCGUUCUUUGUUUGGCCAACGGUACUCUUAGGCACCGUCGGAAGCGGACCAAGGAUGUGCACGUAUCAUAAGGAACGUGGCCACUACACCACGCAAUGCCCACCUUUCAAAAGGUAUCUAGAAGAGCUAGCAGCUGCCGGUCACCUCAAUCAGUGGAUUGACGUUCGGCAAAAUCCACUUCCUCCACCUCCCCCUCUUGUUGGCAAUCUCGUAAGCGUAAUACAAGGGCUAGUUUCCGAAGGAAGGGCGGCCAAGCUUCAUUCAGAAAUUGACAGGGCUGUCACCUCUCUAUCAGUCUGCAACGUGGGCGCUUCGGGAAAGCGAAAGUGGGAAGAUCCGAGCUUCGGCGGCACCAUAACUUUUUCUUCCAACGACUUAAAAGGAGUGCAACUUCCACAUGCAGAUGCCCUCGUUAUCACUGUUGCUAUUGAAAAUUCAACCGUACAACGGGUAUUGAUAGAUCAGGGAAGCUCGGCCGAUGUCAUGUUUUUCUCCACUUAUCAGAGCCUCGGACUAUCUCCCGCUCAACUUCGGACGGCGUCAACUCCCCUUGUCAGUUUUACUGGAGCCCCGGUGUGGCCACUCGGCCUGAUUACCCUCCCUGUGCGAGCUGGAUCACGUGUCCUGGAGAUCGAAUUUGUGGUGGUCGCUUCGCCAAGUCCGUACAACGUCAUUCUUGGCUGA